AUGUUAGCCACACAGUUGCUAGCAGUCGAUGCUGCAGCAGCAGCAGCUGCUGCUGCUUGUUUUGCUGCUGCUUCGUCUUAUACAGCUGCACACUCAUGCCUUCCCACCGGCAGACAGCUAGCUCGGGGGGUCAAAACAGCAACAGCAGCAGCAACAGCAGCAGCAACAGCCGCAUCAACAGCAGCAACAACAGCAGCAACAGCAGCAGCAGGAGUGGCAGCAGCAGCCCCUGCAACAGCAACAGAAGUUUGUAGGCCUCUGAGGCCUGUCUUGUUGCAGCAGCUCGUUCUGCCUUCAGCAGCAGCAGCAAGACUUCGGCAGCGGCAACUGCCUUGUGCAGCAGCAGCAGCAGCAGCAGCAGCAGCCCCAUGUGCUCCUUCUCAGGUAUUAUUACAGCAAAGGGCGACUUUCUGUGCUGCAGCAGUGCGUCUCAAAACGGAUAGCAGCAGCACCAGCAGCAGCCAAAGCAGCAGCAACGUCAGCAGCAAGGGCAAGAACAGCAGCAGCAGCAACAACAGCAGCAACAGCAGCACCAGCAGCAACAGCAGCAGCAGCAGCAACAACAGCAACAACAGCAACAGCAGCGAAAUAUUUGUAUCCGAGCUUGAGCUGCAGCAGCAGAGACAGGUCGUCCACUUUAACGUCACGAAGACCUGCCCUGCAUGCAAUAAGACUGUAUCUCGAGGACAAGUAGAAUACCUGCCGGUUGCAUGCGCUGCUGCUUGGCGUUUCUUAAUGGGCUAUUCUGUCAGCAGCAGGAAAUGCGGACUCAUCGGGCACAUGCAUGUGCUGCGGUACGCAGACCUGCGGCUGGAGCAGCAGCAGCAGCUUGAUGCCAAUGAACGCAUGCAGCAAAAAGCUGCUGCAACAGCAGCAUACAAGCAACAGCUAGAGGCACAAGAACGCUAG